GUUUGGCUUUGAAGAAAAGACUAUUUCACCGUUUCUUUGGCUUUGUUUCCAGGUUUGGCGUUUUGGUGAUGCACGGCCUCUAAAUUGCCUGUUACACGAGACAUAAGCCGCAUUAUCAGCCUGUUUAAUACCGCUACGCUGUGUUUCCUCCAAUGGAGCGCUGCGUUUUCACGCCCAGCGCCUGUCACGUAGCUCUGAGCGACAUUCUCGGGUUGCAGAACCAGCCGGUCUGUGAGGAGCAGGCCUGGGCGCUCUGCUACCAGCUCUGCUCCCUGCUGGAGCCCAAUUUCACCGGAGAUCUCGGGGGGACGUUUGGCUCCUGGAAGUCCUUUAGGCUCCCAGGACCUGAGGGCAUCUUCUUCUCACACGACGGCAGCGUCUCUCUGAGAAUAGACAGCAGCAAGACUGGUGAGCAGUUUGUCAUGGAGACUGAGGAUCAGACUGUAGAUUACGUGGGCCGUCUGAUGUACUCCUGUCUUGACUGGGGUCUCGGAGCAGAUGUGGAAAGGGAGCUGGACGAGACCCUGGAACUGCUGGUAUCUCAGAUGACCAAAGUGGACAUCAGGCUUGGAGCAGAACACUGUUUUCAGCCGAUAAGCACCAUCACUGAAGUCCUCCAGGUUUGUGAGGAACGUCUUUAUAACCCUAGCCAGGCAGCUCAGCAUUACAGAAGCGUGUGUUCCACCCUUUACUCGCACACAAUAGAGCUGUGCCACUGUCUGCAGAUCAUCCAGCAAACAAAGGAGAGUCUGCAGAAAAUGAUUGUGGAAUCAGAGACCAGUCUAGUCCCGAACAUGACAACUAACUGGAAUGGCGCUCAGGAGUUUGGGUGGAAGGACCUGAUGGAGGAGCUGAGCAGAGGUGUGGUCUUGCACCCCCCGAAGGCCACACUGAGCACUAGUGCUUGUCUGCCUGUGGACACGUCACCAUUCAGCCAGCUCCUGCAGGACAUCCAGCUCAGACGCUACACACUCCGCAAGGUGCAGGCAGGGAGGAGUGGUCAGAGCAAAUCGGACCCUCAUCAGGCACUGCUCGAGGUGAUACGGUCGGGGCCAAAACUGCGUCCAGUCUCUGAGCGCAACCUAAAGCCCAGAGUCCAAAACCCCAAGCAUGAGACCAGUCUGCAUGAACUGCUAAUGCAAGAGAUCCGCUCAGCUGACCGAAUGAAGCUGCUGAGAAGACAGUCUUACAAAGGUACUGUGGAGACUGGCUCAAACGGCCUCGUGCCCAUCUACGAGGACUCUUCACAUGAAGAUACGUCAUUCUUUCUGAAUUCAGUUCCCAACCCAAGCCAACAGGGGGCGCCCUCACAAGGAGGGACAUGUAAAGGCAGUUCUCUUACACCGGAAGACAGUUUUGCAGGUUCAGGUGAUCGAAGUCUGAAGUUCCUUCCUGCUCUCUCUUCCACGCCACAGAGUCCGACUACAGGCUGUAGGCUUUCUCGAGGAAAACGACGCACAAGAUCCUUCACCAGCAACUGGGAGCCACACCAGCUUGCACUGAAAGACAAAGCGUCUGUUCCCAUGACGAUUGCUGACGUGAUUAAAAAGCACUAUUCCGGCGAAGGGAGUCCGAACACCACGUCGUGUGACGCCUACAGGAGCUGGCGGGUUUGUUCAUGUUGUACAAAACGAAGUCUGUAUUUCACCUGGCACAACUUCUGUUCUCUUUGCAAUAGGGUCAUAUGUCCAGAGUGUUGUGUAGAGAUGCAUCUGCCAUUGAAAUGGUGCAUCAACCUUCCCCUAAGCUUCUUUAAGAAAAUCGUACUGAAUAAAGAAAGUGAGCAAAGCCAAAGAAACUUCUGGAAUGAACGCUGGUCAUGGGACCCAUCCCGGGUCCCUCUGGUUCUAGAAGCUCGCCUGCCCCGCUCUGUCUCUCUCCACAGGCUGGCUAUGAGAGACUGGCACAGUCAGGAUGUGUGUGUGGGCUGCCAGGGCCUUCUCCUCGAGGCAUGCGACACAGUCCAUUCCCACUGCCCAAUUACAGUCCCUCAGGAGAUUUGACCCUCUUAUUACACCCACUCUAAUCCCUCCCCUGAACUGGCUGAUUCUCAUUGGCUUUGUCUCAUCUCAUCCUGGCACUCAAAGCAUUUAGUGCUUAUGGACAUUGCGAGUGGAUGCUGGGACAAAAUUCUUUGUGCAAUUGGUUUAAUUUUUUUUUUAUUAUUAUUAUUUCCACACCUAAUGUUGGUGCCUUUAAGACACCUACAACACUGUUUCCUCCUUUAGCCACUGUCACUGUGGAGGUGUGUGUGUGUCGUUCGUUUUUGAUUAUUUUUGUUGUUGGGCUAGAGUGAGUUGUUUUUGGGCUGCUAGAUCACAGUGGACAUUCACUCGUAACAGCGUUCUAGUUGUAUAAAAUGUUAAAUAUUUUAAGAUCCUUUUAAACAUCCAAAGGGAAAUAAAUAUAUUUUCCAUA